ACUGGCCUCUAAAAUAUAUAUAUUAUUUUUAUUUUUUUUUUAAUCUUUGUUCUUUCAGCAAUCUAGAUCUACAGUCUUGGAGAAGAAUUCUCCUUUUGAGCAAGUUUGAUGAUAUAAACUUGUAACAGCAUGUAUAGGGUUGGCAUCAAUACUCCUGACAUAACUAAGCUGGUGCUGUAUUUUUGUAGAAACUUGAGAUUGUAAUGAGAAUUAAUUACUGUCCUCCUUUAUCUAUCCAGAUGUUUGCUCAGCUGUUGUGGGAAAACUUCUUCACAUAAGCAGAUGCUGUGAAGUGACCUGUGAAAUGGACAUGAUGUCAGAUUUUUUUUUUUAUAGUAGCUCCAAAGUGUUGCUAGCUCAGCAUUAGUUGGGAGAAAUCAAUGAAAAGAUACUAGCAGUAUUUUCCUGUUGAAUGUAAAGCCGAACAAGUAGAUCUAUACAAGCCUUUAUAUGGAAAAACUUCUGACACCAUAGGAAGACUUCUAAGGCCCAAACAUCCCUUCUUCACGUUGUAUACAGAGGGUUGUACUAAGAAGUUGAAUUACUCUGUUUUGUUUGCUCUGAGCACAGAGGGAUAUCUCUUACAGUAUAUGGCAAAUGACAUGGAUGAGCUGCUAUUUGAAUCUCUUGCCUUUGAACUUAUUGGAACAUUAAGAACUGCCUGCCACUUUGGAGAGAUUUUCUGCCACCAUGAUGACUGGGGGCUUAUCUGACACUGAGCCUGCUACCCCAGAAGUCCAGGAUAUUGUUCACCAGGUGAAGCCACAAUUUGAAAGCAUGGUAAACGAAAAAUAUGGCAUCUUUAAAGCCAUAGAAUAUAGGAGUCAGGUGGUUGCUGGAGUAAACUACUUCAUUAAGGUCCAGGUUUCUGAUUCCAUGUAUGUCCACCUGAGGGUGUUUGAGAGCCUUCCUCAUGAGAACCAAGGUCCCAAACUUGUCAGUUAUCAGACUGGCAAAACCAGAGAUGAUCCUCUGACCUACUUCUGAGAAACAGUGGGGUGUGCUUCCUCACUUCUGCGAGUCAUGUGAGAAUUUGGCUUCUGUCAGUAAAUGCAUGCAAAUAAAGAGUUUUGAAAGCUA